CCUGCCUCCUCCCUGGCACACUCGCUCAUCCCCAAGCACCCACUUCCGGUGUUGUGCGGCUGGGCGGCGGGUGGGGGGCCAGGAGGCCAAGCAGGCGCCCCCUCGCUAGCCCCGCCGGCUUAGAGCCCCAGAGGCCCAUCUGUCCACACACUGGGGCCCUCGAAUGGUCCUUGGAGGGGCUCAGAGGCACGCCUCCGCCCUCAGGAGCCCAAGCCCCGCCCCCUGGGGACGAAGCCACGCCCCCAGGAGCCCCCCACGCCUCAGGCCCCGCCCCCAAGAGCCUCCCCAGUCAAGCACAGUCUGCCCCAGAAUUGGACCCCUGGAAUUGGGACCUCUGCCCCCCAAAACAGGGGCAUCCUGACCCCUUAAAUCCCUCUAGCCCCCCAAGAUAGGGGGCUUCUCAACCCCUCAAUCCAUCCCUACCCCCAAAAUAGGGAUCUUCUGAACCACCAAAACCUUGAGCCCCCCAAAAUAGAGACCUUCUGAAACCCCCCCAUCCAUCCCUACCCCAGAAUAGGGAUCUUCUUACCUCUCCCUCAAAUCCUUCUCCCCCCCCAAAAUAGGGAUCUCAAUCCCUAAUCCAUCUCCACCCAAAAAUAAGACAUCCUCACCUCCUAAAUCUCUCUGCUCCCCAAAAUAGGGAACUAAACCCCUCCCCCCCCCCAAAAAAUAAGGGCCUCCUCACCCCUUAAAUCCCCCUCCCCCAAUAGAGAUCUUUUCACCCCCAAAUCCCUCUGCUCCCCCCCAAAUAGGUCUCUUCUCAUCCCCCAAAUCCCUCUCCACCCCAAAAUAGGGCCCUUCCCACCCCCUAAAACCCUAUUCUCCCCACAAUAGGGGUCUUCUUGCCUCCUAAAUCCCCCUGCUCCCCGAAAUAGGGACCUUCUCACUAAUUUGGUGGGGACAAAAUCCCCCUACCUUUAUUUGAGGGAGGCCUCACUUUCCUCCUCCCCAUAACUGGUCCCCAUAAAGAGGGUGAGGUGUGGGGAACCAUUUCAGGGAAGGUGAAGGGGGCUUAGGAGGUAUUAAAUAUCCCCCUUCUCCCCCAAAACCUUCCCCCUUUGCCCCCCACAAACCCCCUCCUCAUAGUCCCCUGAAGAGAGCUUAGGGGGGUGAGUGUGGGGCUUCCCCAUAGAUCUCACCCCCCACGACAACAACAAGGAGGCGUGUUGUCGCGGAAGAGGGAGCGAAGGGGUGCCCUGGCCCACCCGCCGGACCCCCAACUGCCCGCCAUGGAGAUGCAGAAGGGGAAAGGGGGUGCAGCAGCCGCAGCAAGUGGUGGAGGAGGAGGAGGAGGAGGCGGUGGAGGUGGAGGUGGAGGAGGAAGCGGCUCAGGAGGGAAGUUGUUCAUCUACACCAGCUUGGAUGCCAAGGAUGAGUUAGAGGAGAAGCUUGAAAGAUGCAUGGCUACUGUCACAUCCCUCACAAGCGGAGUAUCGGAGAGAGAAGCCAAUGACGCCCUGAAUGCUCAUGUAUGUAAAGGAGCCCCCCAGCAUGAGGAGAUAUGCCUGGGACUCUUCACCCUGAUCCUCACAGAACCUGCUCAGGCACAGAAGUGUUACCGGGACCUGGCCCUUGUGAGCCGAGAUGGCAUGAAUGCCGUGUUGACCAAGAUGAAUCAGCUUCUGAUGGAAAAAUACCUGAAGCUGCAAGAUUCGUGUCGGACUCAGCUGGUUUGGCUGCUGCGGGAGAUGGUGAGGAGUGGGAUCCUUGGCAUAGACGGGAUCUGCAUGACCUACAUGAAGCAGAUUGCAGGUGGAGAUGUGACUGCAAAGAAUAUCUGGCUGGCAGAGAACAUCUUGGACAUGCUCACAGAACAGAGGGAGUGGGUGCUGAAGAGCGCCAUGCUGAUUGCCAUGUCGGUGUAUACCUACCUGCGCCUCAUUGUCGACCACCAUGGCUCCCCACCGCUCCAAGCUCUGAGGCAGAAAGAGGUGGAUUUUUGCAUCUUUUUGCUCCGAGACAGGUUUAUGGAUUGUUUCAUGAUUGGCCGAGACCUGGUAAGGCUCCUGCAGAACGUUGCAAGGAUACCUGAGUUCGAGCAGCUCUGGAAGGACAUUAUCCACAACCCACAGGCUCUGAGCCCACAGUUCACAGGUGUGUUGCAGCUUUUGCAGUCUCGGACAUCGCGGAAGUUUCUGGCCUGCCGUCUCACACCAGAUAUGGAGACGAAGUUGCUCUUCAUGACGUCUCGUGUGCGCUUUGGCCAACAAAAGCGCUAUCAGGACUGGUUCCAGCGGCAAUACCUGUCCACCCCAGACAGCCAGUCCUUGCGCUGCGACCUCAUCCGCUACAUCUGUGGGGUGGUCCACCCGUCCAACGAAGUGCUGAGCUCCGACAUCCUCCCUCGGUGGGCCAUCAUCGGCUGGCUGCUCACCACUUGCACGUCCAAUGUUGCUGCUUCAAAUGCCAAGCUUGCCUUGUUUUAUGACUGGCUUUUCUUCAACCCAGAGAAGGACAGCAUCAUGAACAUAGAGCCUGCCAUCCUGGUCAUGCAUCAUUCCAUGAAACCCCACCCGGCCAUCACCGCCACCCUUCUGGACUUCAUGUGUCGGAUCAUUCCUAACUUUUAUCCCGCUCUGGAGACUCACGUGAGACAAGGCGUCUUCAACUCCCUCACCCACAUCGUGGAGAAGCGAGUCCUGGCGCACCUAGCUCCUCUCUUUGACAACCCCAAGCUGGACAAGGAGCUCCGGGCCAUGCUGAGAGAGAAAUUCCCAGAGUUCUGCAGUUCUCCUUCACCUCCCGUUGAAGUCAAAAUCGAGGAGCCUGUGUCCAUGGAGAUGGAUAACCAUAUGUCUGACAAAGAUGACAGUUGCUACGACCACGCAGAGGCUGCCUUUAGUGAUGAUGAAGAGGACUUGAACAGCAAAGGGAAAAAGAGGGAAUUCCGGUUCCAUCCGAUCAAGGAAGCUGUUGUUGAAGAGCCAGUGGACAUCACGCCUUUCCUGGAUCAGUUGGACGAAUCGCUGAAAGAUAAAGUCCUUCUCUUGCAGAAAGGGAGUGAUACGGAAGCUCAGUGUGAGGUCAUGCAAGAAAUCGUGGACCAAGUCUUGGAGGAGGACUUUGACCAGGAGCAGUUGUCGGUCUUGGCUUCCUGUUUGCAGGAGCUCUUCAAGGUGCACUUUCGUGGGGAGGUUCUACCAGAAGAAAUUACAGAAGAAUCUCUAGAGGAAUCUGUGGGGAAGCCACUUUACCUAAUAUUUAGGAACCUCUGCCAGAUGCAGGAGGAUAACAGCAGCUUCUCCGUGCUUCUCGAUCUCUUGUCUGAGCUCUACCAGAAGCAACCCAAGAUUGGUUACCACCUUCUGUAUUAUUUAAAAGCCAGCAAAGCGGCGGCUGGGAAGAUGAACCUCUAUGAGUCCUUUGCCCAGGCCACCCAGCUGGGCGACUUGCACACUUGCCUGAUGAUGGACAUGAAGGCCUGCCAGGAGGAUGACGUCCGGCUUCUCUGCUACCUCACUCCAUCCAUAUAUACAGAGUUUCCAGAUGAGACCCUGCGGAGUGGGGAGCUGUUGAACAUGAUUGUGGCCGUCAUUGACUCAGCUCAGCUCCAGGAGUUGGUUUGCCAUGUCAUGAUGGGCAACUUGGUGAUGUUCCGGAAGGAUUCAGUCCUGAACAUUUUGAUUCAGAGUUUGGAGUGGGAGACGUUUGAGCAAUACUGCACCUGGCAGCUCUUUCUGGCCCAUAACAUACCCUUGGAGACCAUCAUCCCCAUCCUUCAGCACCUCAAGUAUAAAGAACACCCCGAGGCUCUUUCCUGCUUAUUACUCCAGCUGAGACGAGAGAAGCCAAGCGAAGAGAUGGUGAAGAUGGUGCUGAGCCGGCCGUGCCACCCAGACGACCAGUUCACCACCAGCAUCCUCCGGCACUGGUGCAUCAAGCACGAUGACCUCUUAGCCGAGCACAUCAAGUCCCUCCUGAUUAAAAACAACAGCCUGCCAAGGAAGCGCCAAAGCCUACGCAGUUCCAGCAGCAAACUUGCCCAGCUAACCUUGGAGCAGAUCUUGGAACACUUGGAUAACCUGCGCCUGAACCUCACCAACACCAAGCAGAACUUUUUCAGCCAAACCCCAAUCCUUCAAGCCUUGCAGCAUGUCCAGGCCAGCUGUGACGAAGCCCACAAGAUGAAGUUCAGUGACCUCUUCUCACUGGCCGAGGAAUACGAAGACUCCUCCAGCAAGCCCCCUAAGAGCCGGAGGAAAGUCACCAGCUCCAGCCCCCGGAGCCGGAAGAACGCGGCCCAGCCAGUCAACAACGAGGAAGAGUCGGCUUCUAGCAGUGCCUCGGAGGAGGAAGACACCAAACCGAAACCCACAAAGCGGAAACGGAAAGGUUCCUCAGCUGUUGGCUCAGACAGUGACUGAAGGGGCACGUGGGUGGGUAGGUGGGCGAGAGUGACUCCAUGCCCAUCUGCCACGCCAAUCUGCCCCGUUGCUGGCGUAACCCGAGGCAACUGCAAGCGAGAGACUUGACCUGGAAUAAAGCUAAACAGACGCUGCCACCAGCCAGGACAGUGCUCUCUCAGACAACGCGUCCAUGGACCUCAGAUACUCAGGCAGCCCCCUUUCCCAAACAUCGGUGCCUCCUCAGCUGCUGCCUCCUCCAUUGCUCUCCACCUUGGGCCUCAUCACCUCCCGCCUUGUCCUUCUCUCUUUGUAUGAUGGCACCUGAGAAAAGGGAUUAUUUUUCCAGCAGUUGAUCCCCUACACCCCAACCUUACCCUCAUGAUCUUGACUGUGAGGGUCACCUCAGCUGGAGAAGCAGCCAUGAGAAACUAUCGGGGAUCAGAGAGACUGCUGUCUAUCUCCCCUGUCUGAAAUGUAAAUAAAUAGUGUGAACCGGGGCUCUCCGCCGUUGUUGCUUCCGGCCAGGGAGGUCGAGGCUGGCAGGGGGAACUGCGGGGAAUGGAGUAAACUGCCUUGCCAGGUCCAUUUUUUUCCUGGCCAUCCACCAUUUGUCCAGAGCACAAGAGAACCAUUUUUAAAGCUAUCACAUCUCCUUGGCCCUUUGGAAGUGAAGGGGGAAAGAUCCUUGCUGUUUUCUCCACGUGGAGAGUAUUCCAGGAACCAGGCAAGCCUCAUACACUCCUCCACCCCAACCCUCUGGGUCUCACAGCCUUGGGGCUUGGCUUUCUAUAGCCCCCUUGCCCUGCUCCACCUGGGAUCCCACAGUUGGAAGGAUUUGCCACCUCAUGUCUACCCCUGCCACUAUGAAACCCCAGCCAUACAACCACUACCGGCACCGACUGAAUUAACUCUCCCUUCUGGCCACAAUCCUUGUGGCUAGUGGCCAGCCUGGAAAAAUAGCCACCCUUCCUCCUGCAAUACACUCUCGGAGGCGCUUACCUUCAGGGUUUGGGGGUGGUUGGAACAACCGACACGGCAACAGGCGAGCAAAAUGAAAUGGUAGUUAUAUUUUUAAUUCCCCAUCUCCCUGCUGAGAGAUUAUCAUUUUUAAGUGAUUUUUAAAAGAGACAAUAAUAAACGCGACAUGAUUUUGUACAAGCCA